AUGUGGCAUCAAGAGAAUCCGGAGCGCCUGGUGAAUUCGGGCUCCCUCCGGAUGUUGAGGGAUGUGUGUCGCAAGUCCUCUUUGCGCGUGGGCGACAGCACCGCGUCGUCUGCGAGCUUCGGGCAGCGAUCAUCUGUCCCGCGCGAUCUGUCGCCGGCUCAGUCGAGUCCGGGCAAGCCGAAGAUGAAGGGUGUCGGAAAGCCGGAAGCGCAACUGCGACGCGGAAGCCUAACCUUUGGAAGUCUCGCGAAUUUGUUCUCUCACGAGCGAAGGGCUCACGCGCGUCUGGGCCACCGAUCGCGGACCCGGAGCACGUCUCCGGGGACCAACGCCGAUGAGGUGUUGGCGGCGGCCUCAGGGCCGCGGCAAGCGUCGGACCUCAAGUCCCGUGACAAGUCGAAAAUUCGCAGCGGCGCGUCGACUCCUGACGGCAUCGCAGCCUGUUCGCCGCCCUCAAUGACGCCCUGGCUCAGCCGGAAGACGAGAUGGUUCAGACAUAUUGAGGCGGUUUCAGAGGCGUCCAAGCCGGAACCGAACAUCAAGGUUCCUGCGGACGCCAAUCCCGCUGUCGAUGAAUUUGAGGAAGAGGGUGCGGCUGCCAAUAUUAGCCAGUCCCAGUUGAAGCAGGAAGGGAACGUGGAAAUCGAGGCAGCCUCUCCGGUACCAUUCAGCCCCAGCAGUGGAUCGACAGGAUCAUUAGAAAGGCAACAGAAAAUGGGCGGUGCAGAAGUGAAAGAAGGAGCAAAUGGUUUGUCUCCGAAAUCCUCUUUCUCCGCUGGGUCUGCCCAACCCGGAGGCUCGUCUCCUACUCCACAACGUAGAUACCAACGCGUGGAAAUUCUCCAAAUCGCUGAGGGCACUCAGCUGAUUGAGCCUUCCGAGGUGGUGGUUUCGCAUGGUCCGGCCUCGAUACUCACCGCAGAACCCAUUCUUACGCCCAUAGAACAACUGCGAAGGAAAGAUGCCGAGAUCCGAAAAAAUUUUGAUCAGAAGCGAGCAUUGGUCGCCGAAAUUCUGCACGUUCCUCCGUCUGACUUCGAAACAAUAGCAGAUAUCGCAACAGAAGCACAUGAAACAUCCGUAUUAGGAGCCAAAGAACCUCAAGAGAUCAUUAUUGCAUCUAUGAAUCAAGCCAUGCGAGUCCAUGAGCUUGUGAACGAAGCAUUGCUCGUAAGUGAGGAAGAUGCCAUUGCAGCUACAUCUGGUGAAACGGGUGGGUCUCGCCGAGACAAGACAGGAGCUUCGCAGAGUCAUCACCAAAAAUUUGUUAAAGUCUCAUUUUCAACUGCCUCGAGACUGACGGAGGCAUCUUCGACGUUAUCGAAGCAAAUGGGAGAAGUUAUGCACAUCGUUCAAGAAUGCCUCAGUUUGAAUGAACAGCUUCGAAAGGAGCUGCGCAAUGCCAAAGAGCAAAGACAUAACAGCAUUCGUGAGGAAUGUGUUGAUACGAAAUUAUCUGGAAGAAGACGACGACUGGGUAAUCGAGAGAAACGAUCCAGUGGCGCCGGUCUCACGUCAGAAGCGGAAAGUCAGGAUUCAAACCCUGCAUUGGAUGCUCGGGAAACUGAGAAGGAGGAACCAUCCCCUGCCGAAUCUUCUCCAUCUGCCCCCGUAGACGUUGUUAAAAGUGAAGUUUCCGUGGAGAAGUCUAUCAAAAUGGAGAAAGAAGGGAAGAAGAAGCAGUCUGACGAGGCGAUGCCGCAGGAAGGAGCGGAUGGCGAAGGGGGCGGUGGUCAUCAGCGCGGAAAAGUGGGAAAGAAGCACGUUGGUAGUAGCGGCGGGAAACAGAAGCGUGGCGGCGGGAAAGCCCUGCUUAAUCCCUAAUUGAAACCGGUUACUCGAUGUACUAGCAAAAUUGGCUUCACUGUCAUGGACGGUGAGCAAGAUUUCUAGCUUGCUGACCCCCAAGUUGUGCAAGGAGUGCCUUUUUUGUCUUUUUCCGUGCCCCGAAAUUAGAAGUUUGCCUGCACUUUUCGAGUGUCGUAGCAGCUACAUCGAGAUCCGUGGAUGAUUUGUUUAUUGAAGCUUUUCGCGCAGAUCUUUUUUUUUUUUUCUCAAAGCCUCCAAGAAACAACAGACAACAAAGUCGUUGAAUUCGUUCAGUUGUCCAUCUGAAUGUUUUUACGACGCAUGAGAUUAAGGAGAAAGAAAGCAGGAUUAAUCAUAUUCGAGUAGACUACUUUCCACGGGUUGUUGGACCAAAAAUGAGGCUCGGGGCCGCGUGAACCUCGCUUGCUUGUUUUUCGCAUCUUCUUGCACGUGAUUGGAGGGAUUUGUUGUGGACUAGAGGUGUGCGUUAGUUGAAAUUGUUCUGGAUUUCUUGUGUCGACUGGUUUGAAUUAUGUUGCUGCUGUAGAACAUGCGCUUAAUUGUUCUCUCGGUGUAAUUAAGUGGGGAAUUCUAUUCAUCUGUCUGCCACGUUCCGUCUGCGUUUCUGUGCGAGGAGUGUCGCUUUGUUCGCGUCUGUGAGGGUUUUCUCUUGUCGAGAUGAUGUGAAUGCUGGAGGUCGAUGUCUUGAUGGUUAUUGGAGAGAAGGGGUCUGUGACGCAAGGCUUCCUGUGCAUUUCCGCCUUGCACCCUGUUGAAAUAAGCACGGGAUGAUCAACGGAAUCGUCCGGUUUCACCAGGAUUCCAUCGUGUCGCUUAGCCUCGUUGCCUUAAAACCAAGUCAAAGCUUUUUUGUCGCAGUUUUUUGUAAAGGGGACUGUAAACCGAACCUGAAUUCCUUUGAUGUGACUCGCUUCCGCCAUCUGAAAUGUAACCGCUCGCCCUCAGUUCCGAACGCGACGCCCUUAUUUAUUUUUGCCUUUCCCAAGAUCAGUCUGUGAUAGCAACCGCAGAAGGACAACAUAUUUGGAAUGUUUUGUUUUUCUCUGAUUGAGGAUGCCAGUAAGCAUGGAUCGGGGUGGGGAAGGGGAGGGGGUUAAGACACUAGCCCCGAUGGUUUUUUUUUUUUAAUCAUGGAAGCCGAAUCCCGCAAAACAUAACCGUCGCAGAGAGAGGAUGUCCCGUGCGCGUGUUAUUUCUUUUUGUGGAUCGGAGCCAUUCGGGCGAUUUUUCGUGCUUUGUGUAGAAGAGGGCGAUGAAUGUUGAGCACAGAAAGGAAAUGGGAUAUUUGUAAAUCAGUCGUAUUUUAGAUUUGUUAUGAUAUAUGUCGUAUUAUUUUAAAGUGAGAGCAAAUCAUCCUUACAAUGAAGGUUCCUUCGUUCA